AUGGCGUCUUCCCACUCCAGCAACUCCAACCCGUUCGCCGGACCCGAGCCUGACGCCACCGCCGUUCGCGAUCUCGACAUCCACACCCGUGUCCCCAUCAAGCUCAACCAGUCCAACUCUUCGUACUACGCGUGGAAGACCUACUUCAACCUCCUCUUCCGCGAGUACCACCUCCUCGAGCACGUCGACGGGAGCGUUGAUGGCGACCUCAUGGCGGGCGAUUCGGAUUGGGCAGCCAUUGAGGCCUCUCUCAUCCGGUGGUUUUAUCUCACUGUCUCGCCGGACAUCUUCCACACGGUCAUCUCGGAGGAUGACGACGCGUGUGCCGUGUGGACCAAGAUCAACAACCUCUUCACUGAUAAUAAGCUUCAACGUCUCGUGUUCUUGCAGCAGGAAUUUUUUGGGUGCCACCAAGAUGACUCCUCCAUCGACGACUACUGCAUGCGCCUUAAGCGGCUCGCCGACGAGCUCCGCGAUAUCGGCGCCAAGGUGUCGGACGAACUCAUGCUCAGCACCCUCACUGCCGGCCUCAACGAGGAUUUCGGCAACGCGGCCUCCAACCUCUCCCUGCUGCCGAACCCGACCUUCAACUCCGUCGCCGCGUAUUUGCGCUUGGAGGAGCGCCGGAUGAAGAAGGUCAAGGCGCGCGUACAACACACCGCCCUCGCUGCCGGGACCUCUCGCGGGGCGCCUCCGUCGGCCCUGCCUCACCCGCGCCCGGCCGCGCCACCGGGGUUCUUCCUCUCACAGGCCCCGCCCGCGCCUCCUACUCCAGCACCGCAGCAGCAGCAGGGCGGCGGCCGCCGCAACCGGUGCCGCGGAGGCGGUCGCUCCGGGCCACCACAGCAGCAGCAGCAGCAGUCGGGUGCGCGGGCCCCAGGCAUCCUCGGCCCGCACGCCGCCGGCCCUCAGGCGCACUACGCCGCGGCCCCGUACCAGGCGGGCGGCGCUGGCUACGCCACGGCCCCGUACCAGGCAGGCGGCGCUGGCUACCCGCUGGCGCCCGCUCCUCCGUCCGGCCACUCGCCGCAGGGCGGCUAUGUGCCGCCCCCCGCGCCGCUCCAGACCGGGGGCUACUCCCUCCCGCCGGCUCCGUGGGACCCCGUACUCCUCGCCGCGCUGCACUCGGCACCGUCUCCCUUCAACUACGGAGGCGGCGGUGAUUGGUACAUGGACACGGGGGCUACCACCCACAUGACGUUGCACCCCGGUAACCUUGUCUCUUCCUUCCCGGUCACCACUUCGAACCGCAUCACCUUCGGUGAUGGUUCCUCCUUAAAAAUCUUGUCUCCGUUCGUCAUCUUGCAUGUGACAAUCCUCUUACCGUUGAAUUUGAUGGCCUUGGUUUCUCUGUGA